UUUUCUCCACACCAACAAUCCCCCUGAAAGACCCUUGCUGGUCUUUCUCCACCGAUUCUAGUGAUAUAACGAUCCUAGUUUCACGACUUGAGACGAUAUUUCGGUAGCCUCUCUGCAAACUUGGCACUCGCUAGCAUCGAUCCCCGAAGAGAUAACAGUCGUCCCCAUGGCGUCCCGCCCGGCUGACAGCUCAGCAUCCGACCCAACAGAGCCAUCCUCUACAAGCACGCCGACAAAGACCAUGGCAGCGCAGCGCCAAGGCUACUGGGCGCACGUUUUCGAUAGAAGCACGUUCGGGACUCGCGGGGAGGUCUGGGUGCCGCUUCAGCUGCUCGCCAUGGCGCUCGUCUUCUUCCCGCUCCCUGACUGGCUCGUCGCCGACAAGCUCGGCCUGCCGCUGUCCUUCUGCCCAUCUUACAGCGUCCGCGAGGGCGCGUUCGUAGCAGGAGUCCCACUGCUCGUGCUGAGCGUGUAUCUGGGCCUCGCUGCCUUCAACGACCUCGCAGGCAGCUUCUCCCCCUUCCCCAAGCCGCGCGCUGACGGGGGGCUGAAGACGGGCGGCGUGUACCGGUUUGUUCGCCACCCCAUGUACGCGGCGGCCGUGCUGCUGUCCACGGCCGUGGCGUGCGUGACGUGCAGCACGGCGCGGCUGGUGGCAGCGGGCGCCAUGGUGGUGAUCCACGACGCCAAGGCGCGCGUGGAGGAGAGGCACUUGAGGGAGAUGUUUGGGGCAAGGUACCUGAGCUACAUGAAGAAGGUGAAGCGGUUCGUGCCGCUCCUGUACUGAGCACGAGGAUCACAAGACGAUUCGUUCAUUUGGUUUUGAGAUCUGCUGGCCUGCUAUGGUUUCUAGGAGAUCCGAUGUUUGUAUAGUU